AUGGCGAAUCCACACCGUUCACAGGCUAUGCCAGCUUGGAUUGUGUAUUAUUCCUCAAAUAAUUGGGGUUUGAAAUAUGUGAGGGACCUCAAAUUCGGUGAUUUACCGAAAAGAUGUUAUAUAUUUCUAUCAGUCAAGAGUUAUCCCGAAAAAGAGGCAGAUCGCGUACUAAUACUGGCCCAUUUCAAUGCACCGCCGGUUCUCGCUUCGAAAAUGUGUACAGAAAUCAAUGGCUACUUCGGAUCGAGGAGUAGUUACAACGAGAAUGACAAAUUGAAGAGCUACAGCACAUGGAUGCGCUGCCUCGUAAAAAUGAUCCUCAAAGAACCCGCCGAGAACGGCAAGGACUACAAAUGGUAUGAAAUGACUCUACUAAGUCACUGGGACGAGCUUGCAGGGACGCAUCAGAUUCUGUGUAUUGAUACACCAGAGGACUUUCCCGAGAAGCUUAUGAAGGCGUUAUCGCAGCCCUCUUCGAGUCAAGAGACUCAAAAACAUUUCAUGGAUCCGUUCUCGAUGCAUGCGCAGUUGUUGGAUCAAGUUGUAAAGUUGAACGAUGAGUCGGUGUGGGCAGUUCGGGAUCCUAUUCGGGAGAUUGAGAAGAGACGACCAACAGCCGGUCCUGACUUUGAGUCCAUGCACGAAAUAUCUCGACAUACCAUUCAUAUCUCCGAAGUAUUGCUCGUCACGAUCCAAAACUUUGAGAGUCUGAGAGAACAGCAACGAUACGUGCACAACGAAAGCUUAUAUUCCGAAAAAGGCAAAAUGUUGCUGGGUAAAGAAUACCGUGAGCAAGCGCUUGAGUACCUGAAUUUCCAGAUUCAGAUGCUUAAGAGUUUGAGGGAGCGAUCUGUCUCGAAUCAUUCGAGGUUGAGCAGUGAGGUUGUCGUUGCAUACAACCGCAUCGCUCAGCAAGACAAUCGAGCCGUGAGCUCGAUUGCAUUCCUGACCAUGACCUUCCUUCCUGCUGCCUUUAUAUCGUCAUUCUUCAGCACAACAUUCUUCAGCUUCGGCCAGGAUGGCCUACAAGUCUCCAACCAAAUGUGGCUCUACUGGGCUGUGACCAUCCCGUCAACACUGAUCAUCAUGAUCGUCUGGCGUUUGUGUCUGCAUACAAAGGCGCCGUUAACAUAUCGCAACAUCAAGGAUUUCGCCAAGUCCAGGCUGAAACAAAAACAGAAUCAGAAGCAAGAGCAGCUGACUGAGAAGGCAGUCGUUUAA